GUGGCUAGUAAUCGGGUGCGGUGUUUAGGAACAGGUUGAGAGGUUGGAGAGCUUGAGUUGGUACUGCUCAGAGUGAAGCCGGAAUCUGUAUUAUUCCGUCGUCGGCGGCAGUUAAACCUUUCACUCCGAUGACUUUCACUCAGUUCUCAAUGAUUGAAGAGUUGGCUUCUCUAGUUAAAGAUAAUCUUCCUAGCAAGCAUCUCAUUUUGUCGGUGGAAGAGCUGUUGGUGAAUUUUCUUGAGGAAGAUACAAGUGUAGAUAGAGUGCUUGAGCUGGAACCAAUGAAUCCUUAUAAUCGUCUGCUCGUGCAUCGUCUUGCUGACAUUUUUGGGUUCUCUCAUCAGUCUGUCGGUGAAGGAGAAUCCAGGCACUUAGUUCUGGAGCGUUGCCUAGAGACGUCAAUGCCACCCAUCCUUGUGAGUGAUUUGGUCUUGCAAUUUGAUGAAAGGCAGCCAAGUAUGACUUUUGACGAACCGAGAUGGAAUGAAGUUAUGCCAGGCCAGAGUAACACGGCCUUGAGUAAAUCUUCAUUCGAGGAGAGGGAAACAUCUUAUAUUGCUGCAAGGGAAAGAAUAUUUUCUUCAGAUGCAAGGGAGACAAAAAUGGUGAAGGAGAGGCCAAAAUAUGAUCCUGUGGUUGCCCGCCGUAUGAUAACUCAUGCACUUGGCCAUUCAGACAAGGCGACACAACAUGAGCCAAGUUCAAAUGAUGCUAAGGAUGCUACACAAGCAGCAAAUGGUAUGAAAUUCCAGUACACGGAAUAUGAGCGGGACUUAUGUGGUAGAGACGAGCUGGGGAAAAACUCAACUCCCAGGACAUGUGAGACCUCAAAAGAAGGCCUGUCAAAGAAUAGCAUAAAAAGAAGUGAUGAUUGUUUGAGAAAUGAGCAUAUGGGAGCUGCCAAGAGAUUGUUUGCUAAUGCUUUGGGGAUGCAUCCAAGGGAUGCCAAUCACCCAAAGUGUGAUGGAACAAGGAAUUCCAGUUGCUGAUAUUUUCGAUACAGAUUUGGAAGCUUUCUGGCCCCUAAUAUGACAAACAAACUGGUUUUUUGCAAUCCCGCGACUCCUCUUGUGCAUCAAGGAUGAAUGAUCCAUUUAUUUGGCCGGAGAAACGAGUUACAUGACUAGCACAUGCCAUAUUCCCAAUAAUAAGUUUUGGCAUAUCUGGACUAUAGUUGUCCAUCGUUUUUGAGUUUUUCAAGUUAAGAGCAUUGGUAUUUCAUUAUGAUUAUUGAUUAUGCAUUUACAUAUAAUUUUGAUACACCACAAUUUAUCUCGUAUUUCAACUUACCCAGUUGAGGUAUCCAUGGUCUAAAAAACUGGAUCGGUUCCUGGUCCCGUCCUCACCCAAAAAGCGCCUGGCAAAGAACCGGUCUUUGACCAGUCGGACCCAUCAAAACCUGUCAGUCGGACUAGUUUGAUUUUUUUAUUUAUUUAAAGUUUUAUAUUUAAAAUAUAUUUUCUAUUAAAAAGUACAUAUUCCAAUAUUUUAGAUAUGUACAAACAAUUAU